AUGUUCCUGUUGCCAGAGGCACAGACAUCCAUCCAUCUUGAUGCCAAAGACCUCACGUCCCCAAAGACAUACGGCACCGCCGACCUGGACCUCCUUCUCCGCAUUUCCUCCUCCUCCUCCUCCUCUUCCAGCCUGGCAGAGCCUGAUGUGGUUUUCUUUAAGGUAAUACAUUUAAUACUUCAUAUUAUAUGUAAGAAAGUGUUUGGUGUUCCCAGAUGGCUUACAAGUCUUAUUUGGCAACAGGAAGAUCCCCCUCCCCCAAAACCUUCUCCUUUCUUAGCUACUGAAUGGAGGAAAAUACCGUGGAGUCAGAGAGAGACAAAUCUUCAGUGGGUGAGAGACUAUCAGCCUCAUAAAGACGUCCAACAUCUCAGAAUUCUGCUUCAUGGACCACCAGGUGCUGGAAAGUCCAGCUUCAUCAACUCUGUGGACAGUGUCCUAAAAGGCAGAACUGCAGCCCAAGCUUUGGCGGAAUCAAGCUCUACUAGCAGCUUCACAAAAAAAUACAGAACUUAUAAACUGCAGAAAGAUCAACCGGGAACAUUUUACCCUUUUGUCUUCACUGACACCAUGGGUCUUGAGAGGAGCACUAAUGGAGGAGUUAGAGUGGAAGAUGUCAAACUGGCCAUGAUGGGACACGUGAAAGAAGGUUACAAGUUCAAUCCCAGCUCUCCCUUGACUGAGACUGAUACCGACUACAACCAUUACCCAACUCUAGAUGACAAGGUUCAUGUUCUGGUUUGUGUUGUUCCUGCCAACACUCUGGACAUGAUGGAUGAUGUGUCUGUAUCAAAGAUAAGGGACAUCAGAGUAGUAGCCAGUGACAUAGGGAUUCCCCAGAUUGCUCUUCUUACCAAAAUCGAUGAAGCCUAUCCUGAGGUGAAGGGAAAUAUAAGGAAUGUCUAUAAGAGCAACAAGCUGAAGAAACAGAUGGAAGAAGUGAGUGUGUCACUGGGUAUUCCACUGAACUGCAUCUUUCCAGUGAAGAACUACCACUCAGAAAUCGAUACAGAUGCCAACAUGGAUUCACUGAUACUGAGUGUAAUGAGGAAAAUCAUUGACUUUGGAGAAGACUACCUGAAUGACAUUUAACCAGAACUAUUGUUAGAAUGCAACGCGUUCAAAGACGAUUCAAGUUUACGAUGAAGCAUUAAAAAUUUGAGAUGUACUAUACAAGUACAUCAGUGUAAUAAGUUACUUUUUAGGUAGUGAUUGUAAUAAAUAAGUAAUAAAACAAAAUUAAUCUGCACAUAAUUUGAGUGAAGUUUGAAUAAUUUAGCAACAGAUCUAAAAAGUACAUGUAGUCGUACGUCACAUUUUUGUGCAUAUAUGGUAUUGUUGUGGCACAAAUUACUGAGACAUAUAGUAUGUGAUACUGUUCAGUUCUGAUUUGAUUCUGAUGUGUGGGCUACCAGAACUUACAGGGCAUAAAUGGUGUUUAUUUAUUCCUUCUUUUUGCUAGCUAUUGUUGUUUAAGCACACAUGUCCAUAUUUAUAUAUUGCAUUUCCAUGCUGAAUUUGAUGACAACUUCUAGAUAAUGUAGUGUAAUGUUCAGGGCCCCUCUUACAGACAUUUAAAGGCAUGCAGAAUUCUGUUUCUGGGGCAUCUUCACUA